GCCGUGUCGGUGGAAUGAUGGCGUCCAAUGCUGCUCGAUGUUCAUCACGUUGGAUUACAGUUGCCGUGUCCUCUUGCCACCGUCGGGCUUGCUUGACCUUUGCUUCAAGUGCUAAUGGAGGCCCUCGUUCUGUCACCAAAGUUAGAGCCCAACAGUUCUGGUCUGCUGGUAGUGUUUUGCGCCAGGGGCCAGGGAAUGCCGUGACAUUGAGGGGGCUGUCAGGUGUGACGUCACCUCAUGUCAUUUGCAAGUUGUCAUUUCACACCAGUGCCCCCAGCUCCAGCAAGCAGGAUUAUUACCAGGUGCUCGGAGUUCCACGUACUGCCACCCAAAAAGAGAUAAAGAAAGCCUACUACCAGCUGGCUAAAAAGUAUCACCCUGAUACAAACAAAGAUGAUCCUCAGGCAAAGGAGAAAUUUGCACAGCUUGCUGAAGCAUAUGAGGUACUCAGUGACGAGGGGAAGAGGAAGCAGUAUGACACGUACGGGUCGGCAGGGUUCGACCCGGGCCAGGCCGGGGCUGGACAGCAGCAGUACUGGGGCGGAGGGGCCAGCAUGGACCCAGAGGAACUCUUCCGAAAAAUCUUUGGGGAGUUUUCGGGCGCUCGGGGUUUCGGGGACUUCAACGCCAUUUUCGAUCAGCCACAAGAGUAUGUGAUGGAGCUGACGUUCACUCAGGCGGCCAAAGGCGUUAAUAAGGAGAUUUCCGUCAACAUUGAGGCCAACUGCCAACGUUGCGAUGGCAAAGGUCACGAACCAGGCUCUAAAAUCCAGCACUGCCACCACUGUAACGGCACAGGCAUGGAGACCGUCAACACGGGACCGUUCGUGAUGCGCUCUACCUGCCGUCGCUGCGGUGGGAGGGGCUCCGUGAUGACCUACCCCUGCACGGCAUGUCGAGGGAUGGGUCAGACCAAGCAGAGACGGACCGUCAUGGUACCCGUGCCAGCCGGCAUUGAAGAUGGACAGACUGUGAGAAUGCCAGUGGGAAAGAAAGAGAUCUUCAUUACAUUCAGGGUCCAGAAGAGUCCUGUGUUCAGGAGGGACGGAGCAGACAUCCACUCUGACGUCUAUGUCUCUGUGGCCCAGGCCAUCCUGGGGGGCACAGUCCGGGCUCAGGGCCUCUAUGAGACCCUAAACCUUUCGAUUCCAGCCGGAGUUCAGGCAGACCAGCGGAUUCGUCUUUCAGGGAAAGGCAUCCCACGGGUCAGCGGUUACGGUUACGGAGACCACUACGUCCACGUCAAGAUCCGGAUUCCUAAGAUGCUGACGGACAGACAACGGGCUCUCGUGAUGAGUUACGCUGAAGACGAGUCUGACGUAGAAGGAACUGUCAAUGGAGUCACCAAUACUGCCACAGGUAAAAGAUCGACUGGGAACUGAGAGCGAGCCUAAUGGUGGGAGAGAGUUCGGACUGUUUGCACUUCAUCCUGAGAGACUGUUCUACGGACAUAAAGAAAUACAAACAGGAGAAGAGGAGGAGGAGGAGGUGCACAGGCUGCACAGCAGCGCUGAGCCGACCCGAAAAGAAUCCACUCUCUGCCACUCCGUCUCUAAACAAGAGGACUGUAACGCGUCGAUGAAGUCUUGGCUGUGGGAUUUAGUCUCUAGAGACAAUACGUCAAAGAUUCCUCAGAAAUAAAAUGGCACAGAUAGCCAUGUUUAUCACAGUCUGAGAUCAGUAGUAAUUUGUUCAGAUUUUUUUUUUGUUUUGUUUUUCGGUCUGUGGUAAUUAAUUGUUCCUCAUCAAGUGCAAUGAUGUUUAUCCCUUAUUUUUUUCCCCCCCUCAGAGAAUAUUCAAUUUACACUAAGGAAAUAGAUAUUUUUAAAUGCCUCAGAUGUAAUGGCAUGUUUCCUCUCAUCAUAUAACUAAUGAAGCGUUCAUGUACAUUUUUUCCCCUCCUUAAAAUAUCAUUUUUCUACAUCAUAUGGCCUUUCGGGAGGUUGGUUGUAACCUUCAGAUAAAGCGCUCUGAAAUAUGCUCAAAUAUAAGUGUGCCACAGAGAGACAGGUACACAGCUGUACAUACAUCUGAAUGAAAUGUGAGGGCUAGUGAGUGCUAUGCAGUGCAGUAGCAGAGAUAAUAAGAGGUAACUAUGGUUACGGCUCUCUCGGUCAGUAACCCAGGCUGAAAGCAUGAGUCCUAAUGUCCCACCCACCGUACGCAUCUCAGACGUGCUUAAGGUGUCCGCUAUAUCGCACCACACGUGUAGUAACAAUAACUUUGUCUCUGCCUCACCAGCUGGAUAGAU